UUUUAAGGUGCACUCAAGGUGGAAAACCACUGCUGAAGCAGAUGUGGAGAACUAUAAAUUAAGAAUCCCAGCUACUUAAUUGACAUAUGCUUCCUAGUUCCUUGCCCAGCCACCACUGUCUCUCCAAAAACCCGAGAUAUCGCUAAAUCAUCAUCAUGGAUUCACUGGGCGCCAUCAGCACUCGAUUUGGGUUUGAUCUUUUCAAAGAGCUGAAGAAAACAAAUGAUGGCAACAUCUUCUUUUCCCCUGUGGGCCUCUUGACUGCCAUUGGCAUGCUCCUCCUGGGGACCCGAGGAGCCACCGCUUCCCAGUUGGAGGAGGUUGGGCACAGUCGGGGGGCUUCCGUGUUUUCCAUGCACAAAUUCAUUCUGGGGGUUAUUGAGAAGACAGAAGCAAUACAUCAACAAUUUCAGAAGUUUUUGACUGAAAUAAGCAAACUCACUAAUGAUUAUGAACUGAACAUAGCCAACAGGCUGUUUGGAGAAAAAACAUACCUCUUCCUUCAAAAAUACUUAGAUUAUGUUGAAAAAUAUUAUCAUGCAUCUCUGGAACCUGUUGAUUUUGUAAACGCAGCAGAUGAAAGUCGAAAGAAGAUUAAUUCCUGGGUUGAAAGCAAAACAAAUGAAACAAUCAAGGACUUGUUCCCAGAUGGCUCUAUUAGUAGCUCUACCAAGCUGGUGCUGGUGAACACAGUUUAUUUUAAAGGGCAAUGGGACAGGGAGUUUAAGAAAGAAAAUACUAAGGAAGAGAAAUUUUGGAUGAAUAAGAGCACAAGUAAAUCUGUGCAGAUGAUGACACAGAGCCAUUCCUUUAGCUUCACUUUCCUGGAGGACUUGCAGGCCAAAAUUCUAGGGAUUCCAUAUAAAAACAAUGACCUAAGCAUGUUUGUGCUUCUGCCCAACGACAUCGAUGGUCUGGAGAAGAUAAUAGAUAAAAUAAGUCCUGAGAAAUUGGUAGAGUGGACUAGUCCAGGGCAUAUGGAAGAAAGAAGGGUGAAUCUGCACUUGCCCCGGUUUGAGGUGGAGGACAGUUACGACCUUGAGGCGGUCCUGGCUGCCAUGGGGAUAGGCGAUGCCUUCAGUGAGCACAAAGCUGACUACUCCGGAAUGUCCUCACUCUCCGGGUUGCACGCCCAGAAGUUCCUGCACAGUUCCUUUGUGGCGGUAACUGAAGAAGGCACCGAGGCUGCAGCUGCCACCGGCAUAGGCUUUACUGUCACAUCCGCCCCAGGUCAUGAAAAUGUUCACUGCAAUCAUCCCUUCCUGUUCUUCAUCAGGCACAAUGAAUCCAACAGCAUCCUCUUCUUUGGCAGAUUUUCUUCUCCUUAAGAUGAUCGUUGCCAUGGAAUUGCUGCUUUUAGCAAAAAACAACCACCAGUGUUAUUCAUAUGAUUAUGAAAAUCGUCCAUUCUUUUAAAUGUUGUCUCACUUGCAUUUCCAGUCUUGGCCACCAAAUCAAUGAUUUAAUGACCCCAAUAGUGUACGUGUUUGUAACCAUCCUUGAAAGUGAAAUGUCCUUUUCUUUGUGCCAUGCAUAAGGUGAGUCAAACCAAACCUCAUUGAUAAUCUCCCCCUGGUUUCUUUUGAAAGGAAAUCGGUAUCUUGUAGUUUUGUGCACUAAAGGAGACAAAGUCUCUCCAGUAACGAGUAUGGACUAGUAAUUUUGGGGAGGUCUCUUUAAUUCUAGUAUUUUGACAUGUUAUAAUACACAAGUAAAAUAAAACAAUAGUUUACUCAGCUCAUGUUAUUAUUCCCCAACAGAUAUUGUGGCAAAUUGCACAUAGGAAAGAAAAUUUAGGAAUACAGUAGCAAAACAUAAAUUAAAACUCAAAUGCCAGGACAACGUAAAACAAUAUACCAGAUGGAGAGGAUGCCCGUAUUUUCAUCUUCCAUUCUAACAUUAUCCAUUGUUAGAUGCAUAAGCAUUUUGAUAUUGUGUAAUAAAUGUGGUAUUUGAGAAGAUAAAUGAGGUAGUUGAUCAGUAUUCCUCCUCUAUCAUCUUUUUAGACUUUAUAAGGCACAUAUUUGGAAUAACUUUUAGAAGAGUUUCCUUUCUUUUUCUCCAUUUACAUUUUUCUGGUUAUUUUUUGAGUGAGGUAGGAGUAUUACUGAAUGAUAUUUUCUGAAGAUGCUUUAUGAAAAGCUCUGAAUCUAUUCUUAACGCUCUUAAUUAUUGGCUUGUUUCACUUUUUUCCUCCAGUUUUUAACAAGGUCACAUAACUGGCUUAUUUUUUAACAGCUUUGUCAAACUACAAUUUACAUGCCAUAAAAUGUACACACUAUAAGUUUAUAAUUCAUUGACUUUUAGUAAAUUUCUAGAGUUAUGCAUCACCACAAUCCAGUUUUAGAAUAUUUCCAUGACCCUGAGAAGUUUUCUCAUGCUUAUUAAUAUUCCCAAUCCUAGGCACCACUGCGUUGUUUUCUGUCUUUAUAAGUUUUUCUUUCUACAUCUUAUGUAAAUGGAAUCGUACUACACGUAGUAUUUUGUGUCUGGCGUCUUGCACUCAGCAUGAUGUUCUUGAGGUUCAUCUGUUGUAGUAUGUAUUGAUACUUAAUUUUUUUUAUUGCCAAACAGUAUUCCAUUGCAUGGAAAAGACCUAUUUUUUUUUAUAGGUUCACCGGUUGAGGGACAUAUGGAUUGUUCCCACUUCUUGGCUGUUAGGAAUAAUGUCGCUCUGAACAUGUAAAUAAAAAUAUUUGUGUUCACAUAUGUUUUUAGGAGAGAAAUUGCUGGGCCAUAUGACAAAUCAAUAGCUUUGUAAGAAACUGUCAAACUGUUUUCCAAUGUGACAUUUUACAUUCCUGCCAGCAACGUUUAAAACUAGCGUCUUCAAAUCCUCACCAACAUCCAGGAUUGUGUCUUUAUGAUUAUAGCCAUUUUUGUAGGUACAAAGUGGCAUCUCAUGGUGGUUUUAAUUUGCAUUUCCAUAAUAUCUAAUUAGGUUGAGCAUUUUUUAUGUGCUUAUUGGCCAUUCGUUUGACUUUGUUUGGUGAAAUGUAUACAAAUCAUUUGCUCAUUUUUAAUUUGGGUUGUCUGUCUUGUCUUCUCAUUUUAUUGAGUUAAAAGAGUUCUUAAUAAAUGCUGGCUUACAAGUCCUUAAUUUAUCAAAUAUAUGAUACAUGGACAGUU